CACAAGGAAAGAGAUCCCUUCUGCUUUUAAAGAAAAGCACACUUUGGAGUCCUCUUUUGGCUUUGGAACCGAGGAGAAAAGAAUAACCCCCUGCAAUGGAUCUCCGAGGGAACGACAGCCUGGAAACGGCACUGACGGAUAAACAGAUAAAAGCGCUCUCUGUUGUGUAUGUAUCAACACUGUCGCUAAGUGUGCUGGGCAGCUUUUCCGUCAUCCUGGUCUCCAUAUUUAGGAGACAGCACCUCCGCAAACAGGCGCGGCCCCUGUUCCAGCUGGCUCUCGCGGACCUCCUGGCCGCCACCGUGCUGCUCCUUAACACCGCCAUGAACUUCAGCCAUCCCCCGCUCAGCAUCCCCAUCUGCGAGCGUGGGCUCCCGCUCUCGCUGACAUUUUACUCCAUCUCCUUCCUCCUGGUGGUGGUCUACGCCUACGAGUCGAAGCGGGUGGCUCAGGGCUGGAGGGAGAGUUCAGCAGGAGGCGAAUCUGAGAGUGGACCUGGAGUUGCAUUCCCUCCACUAUAUGUAAUAGUCUGGGUGGUCCCCAUGUCAGUCUACUUGUUAUAUGUGACUACAGAGUCCCUCACAGAGGCCAGCGUACUGACAGAACCGGGCUUUUCGGUGUCCAACCAAGCAAUGAGCAAGGAUCAUAGCACAUUCUGCUCAAGCUGUAUUUUACUGUUACAUAUCAGGAACGACACUUGUUCACACGUGGAUUCCGGUCAUGACAUGUUUGUGAAAUGCUUCCUCUUAAUAAGUGUGUUGUUGGUGCUACUUUGCUGCAUAGUGGUGUACUCCAAGGUGAGCAGCUGGUUCCGCGGGUACGAGGAGCGGGCUACCUUGCCAAUGGAGGGGGACAGCUUCAGCAGGAGACGUCUGCGGGGUCUGUGUGCAACGGCCCGCUCCAUGGUGCUGGUGGUCACCUUCUGUUGGACCCCAGUCCUUGCGCUGGUGGUCCUGUCGUUCGUACAGAGCAUUUCUCAAGAAACGCUCUUCCCCCUCUACGUCAUACAGGCCCUCGGCGUGUCUCUGCACGGCCUCCUGAACAGCAUCGUCUACGGCUGGCGCCGGAGGAACUUCCGGGACGCGGCUCGCGCCGAAAGGACGCCGCUGCUCGAGAAGCCCUUCUUCGAAGAGUCUCUCACGGCAAACUGAGGACGGGUCUUUCAAAUGACGAAAUGACGAAUCGUGCCCCCGACACCCUGCCUUCGUGGUCGAAGAUCCGCCGUGUGGACGUCCACCUCUGGAUCUUUAGUCUCCGCUGCUAUCACGGGCAAAUUCCAGCACUUUCUCUAUUCGCCAAUUUCUUUUGCUGCUCACCUGGCAAUAACGUUCAAUGGGGUGCAUCCAGACGGUGGGGCAGCAGGGGGCCUAGUGGUUAAAACUACUGCUUUCCAUUUGAAAGAGCCUGCCGUAGUACCCUUUAGCAAGGUACCUGCCCUCCAGUAUUG